GCGGAGGCUCAACCCUAAACCACACCAAAAUAUUCGUUUCUUCUUCAAGAAAAGAGAAAGAAUGAUGAAUUCUCAGAUUCAGAGACUCACCACCCCCAAACCCUAUUCUCUUCUAGGGAGACCCUCCUCUCUGACCCAGAUCGGUUUCAGUACAUCAGUACUUCCUCUUCAAUUUCAAAGGCAAUGUAAUAAUUACCCACAAAACCAGAAGAAACAUGCUAUGAGAAGCACUGGUUCUAAUAAUAAUGGCAAUGUGAAAGCGUUGUUUACACCUUCAAAGACCGAGAAGACGGUUGCAGUCAAGGGAACUAUCACAGUUACACUCCCAGUCAUCGGUGGUUCCUUCUCUAUUAAUGAUCUUCUUGGUAGAAGUUUUCUUCUUGAGCUUGUAAGCUCAGAGCUUGAUCCCAAUACAGGGGAAGAGAAGCCAACGGUGAAGGACUAUGCACUGAAAGUGAGCCAAUCAUUGACGGAGGCAAAGUUUGUGUGUAACUUCAAGGUGCCGGUGGGGUUUGGAGAGGUCGGAGCAAUAAUUGUAGAGAAUCAACAUCUCAGAGAGUUGUUUUUCAAGGAGAUAGUGCUUCAAGGCCUCCCUGAUGGCUCUCUCACUGUCACCUGCGAGUCAUGGGUUCAUUCCAAGCAUGCCAACCCCAAUGAUAGGGUCUUUUUCACCAAUAAGUCAUACUUGACGGACGAAACUCCGGCUGGGCUGAAGAGGUUGAGGGCGCAAGAACUGGCGAAUUUGAGAGGAAAUGGAACGGGAGAAAGAAAAUUAACUGAUAGGAUAUACGAUUACGAUAAAUACAAUGACCUUGGCUAUCCAGAUAGCAGUAAUCCAAGACCAAUUCUAGGUGGCCAGGACCUCCCCUACCCUAGGCGCUGCAGAACAGGGCGUGCUCCCACUAAAACUGAUCCAAAUUCGGAGAAGAGAAGCUUGAUUAUGUACGUGCCAAGGGACGAAUCAUUCUCAGCUGUGAAGACGGUGGGAUUCGGGGUUAAUAUCCUGAGUAAUGUAUUUAAUUCGCUCCUACCUACGCUUGAGACAGCACUGGUGGAUCCAUCCCUCGGCUUCCCCUUAUUCACUCAUAUUGACACACUCUUCGACGAAGGAGUCAACAUACCCAAACCUAAAGACAAUCCUGGUUUCCUCAAAUCAGUCCUCCCUAAUUUGAUUGACACUGUUCAGAAUGGAGUAGACGAUCGCGUGCUUUUUGACACUCCUGAAAUGAUGGACAGAGACAAGUUCUCCUGGUUCAGAGAUGAGGAAUUUUCUCGUCAAACGCUUGCGGGUCUUAAUCCCCUUAGCAUUCAGUUAGUCACGGAAUGGCCGUUGAGAAGUGGUCUUGAUCCUGCCAUCUAUGGUCCAGCUGAAUCAGCCAUCACGACAGAGCUAAUCGAAAAGGAGAUUAAAGGCGUAAUGACUGUUGAAGAGGCAUUGCAGCAGAAGAAGCUAUUUAUUCUGGAUUAUCAUGAUGUGUUCAUGCCUUACGUGAACAAGAUAAGAGAGCUUGAUAAUACCACAAUGUAUGCUUCUCGGACGUUGUUCUUCCUCACUGAAGACAGCAUACUAAGGCCUGUUGCAAUUGAACUUGUUCGUCCACCUUCUGGCGACAAGCCCCAAUGGAAGCAAGUUUUCACACCUAGCUUUGAUGCCACUGGAUGCUGGCUAUGGAGGCUAGCCAAGGCUCAUGUUACUGCUCAUGACUCUGGUUAUCAUCAACUCAUCAGCCACUGGCUAAGGACUCAUUGCUGCGUAGAGCCAUAUAUUAUUGCCUCUAAUAGGCAAUUGAGUGCAAUGCAUCCAAUAUAUAGGCUUCUGUACCCUCAUUUCAGAUACACAAUGGAAAUCAACGCGCUUGCUCGCCUACAACUCAUCAAUGCAGAUGGAGUAAUUGAGAGUACCUUCUCACCAGGGAAGUAUUCAAUGGAGAUCAGUGCAGUUGUUUAUGGCCAAUCCUGGAGGUUUGACACGGAAGCCUUGCCCGCUGACUUGAUUAGAAGGGGAAUGGCAGUUGAGGAUCCAACAGCUAAACAUGGCCUAAAGCUAACAAUCGAAGACUAUCCUUAUGCCAAUGAUGGUCUACUAUUAUGGGAUAUUAUUAAGGAAUGGGUUAGUGACUAUGUCAACCAGUACUACCAAGACCCCUCAAAAGUGGAGUCGGAUACUGAACUUCAGGCUUGGUGGACUGAGAUUAAAACCAAAGGCCAUGAAGACAAGAAAGAUGAGUCAUGGUGGCCUGUUCUCAAUACCCCAGAAGAUCUAAUCCAAAUUUUGACAACCAUAAUUUGGGUAGCUUCAGGACACCAUGCUGCAGUGAACUUUGGUCAGUACAAUUUUGGUGGGUACUUCCCAAAUCGACCAUCGAUAACCAGAAAAAACAUGCCAACAGAAGACCCCACAGAGGAAGAGCUGAGGAACUUCUUGAAAAGGCCAGAGGAUGCACUCUUACAAUCCUACCCAUCACAAAUUCAGGCAACUAAAGUGAUGUCUGUUUUGAACGCUUUGUCAAGCCAUUCAACAGACGAGGAGUACCUUGGUGAGACUCCAGAGCCAUCUUGGGUUGCAAAUCCAGUCAUCAAUGCUGCAUAUGAGCGAUUUAAUGCUAGAUUGAAAGAGCUUGAAGGGAUUAUUGAUGGCAGGAAUGCUGACUUGGCAUUAGCCAACAGAAGUGGAGCUGGAAUUGUUCCUUAUGAGCUCUUGAAGCCAUUCUCUGGAACUGGUGUCACGGGGAAGGGAGUCCCCAACAGCAUCUCCAUCUAAGUUUUCCACCAUGCUGAUCAAUGCAAAUGGGGUUACUGGCUUUUUAUCAAUAAACGCAUGUUCAAUAAUGGCUCUUGUAACCUUUUUAUCCAAUUUGGCUUGCUCGAAUAAUUUCUCGUAUCUGUUAUUUGAAGAUUUGCCAUGAAAUGUGCUUUGCAGAGUUGCCUCUUAUUCA